CCCAUCUUUACAUAAGUGGACCUGUUGUUCAGCUACAGUUCUGUUUCCUUAUGGAAAGAGUCAGUGCUGGAGAUCAGAUUCUGUUUCAUCAUGGACGACACACAAACAUCCACAGAUGAAGAUUUUUCUCCAGGAUGCAGUUCAGUUCAGCAGAAGAGAUCAGAACCAGAGUCCAGCUGUGUGUCUAUGAGGAGUGACACGUCUAUGAAUCAGCCAUUAGAUUAUAAGAGUGAAGAUACAAAGACUGAUCUCAGGCAUGAAGUCCUCAACACGUUUAGAUCAAAUCUAAUGAAGAAGUUUGAGCGUCUUUAUGAGGGAACAGUGACGCAGGGAAACCCAACACUCCUGAAUGAGAUCUACACAGAGCUCUACAUCACAGAGAGUGAGAGUGGAGAGAUCAGUAAUGAGCAUGAGGUGAGACAGAUUGAGACACAAUCCAGGAGAGCAGCAACAGAGGACACAGCCAUCAAAUGCAAUGACAUCUUUAGACCUUUACAUGGACAAGACAAAGCCAUCAGAACUGUGCUGACAAAGGGAGUCGCUGGCAUUGGGAAAACAGUCUCUGUGCAGAAGUUCAUCCUGGAUUGGGCUGAAGGGAAAGAGAAUCAGGACGUCCAGCUCAUAUUUCCACUUCCUUUCAGAGAAAUCAACUUGAUGAAGGACAAAACACUCAGUCUUUUAGAUCUUCUUCAUGUCUUUUUCCCUGAAUCUAAAGAAAUGGAGAAAUCCUUUGAUGAAUAUAAAGUGUUGUUCAUCUUUGAUGGUCUGGACGAGUGUCGACUGUCUCUAGAUUUUCAGAGUGAUGUGAGGUUGUGUGAUGUAAGUGAAUCAGCCUCAGUGGACGUGCUGCUGAUGAACCUCAUUGUGGGGAAUCUGCUUCCCUUUGCUCUAAUCUGGAUCACCUCCAGACCAGCAGCAGCUGAUCUCGUCCCCUCUGAGUGUGUCCAUCGAGUGACAGAAGUACGAGGCUUCAAUGAGCCACAGAAGGAGGAAUAUUUCAGGAAGAGAAUCAGUGAUCAGAGUCUGGCCAACAGGAUCAUCUCACACCUGAAGUCAUCGAGGAGCCUCUACAUCAUGUGCCACAUCCCAGUGUUCUGCUGGAUCUCAGCCGCUGUUCUAGAGAAGAUGUUGAGUCAAGCAGAAAGUGGAGAGAUUCCCAAGACUCUCACUCAAAUGUACACACACUUCCUGAUCCUUCAGACCAACAUCAAAUGUGAGAAGGACUAUGAGAAAAAGGUGACAGACGAAGACGUGAUCCUCAAACUGGGGAAAGUGGCUUUUCAGCAGCUUGUGAAAGGAAACCUGAUCUUCUAUAAGGAAGACCUGAGAGAGUGUGGCAUUGAUGUGACAGAAGCAUCAGUGUACUCAGGAUUGUGCACUCAGAUCUUCAGAGAGGAGUUUGGCUUGUAUCAGGGGAAAGUCUUCUGCUUUGUUCAUCUGAGCAUUCAGGAACAUCUAGCAGCUGUAUAUGUGCACCUCUCCUGGACGAACAACAACAUAAAUGUGUUUGACCAAAGCACCAAACAAAAUGCACCGUCUAAAGUGAAAGACUGGUUUCAACUCUUGUUUAAACAUGUUUCAUUAUCUGAGCUGCAUCAGAGAGCUGUGGAUGAGGCUCUACAGAGUAAAAAUGGACAUCUGGAUCUUUUCCUGCGGUUCCUUCUGGGUUUGUCAGUGGAGUCUCAUCAGAUUCUCCUACAACGAAUAAUGAUGUUGAAAAGAAACAGCUCUGACAGCAAUGAGAAAACAGUUGAGUACAUCAAGAAGAAGAUCAGGACCAUUGAAUCUCCAGAGAAAUCCAUCAAUCUGUUUCACUGUCUGAAUGAACUGGGUGAUAAUUCACUAGUGGAGGAAAUUCAACAGUAUCUGAAAUCUGGAACAAUAAGGGAAGCCAAACUCUCUUCAUCUCAGUGGUCAGCUGUAGUUUUUGUGUUGUUGACAUCAGAGGAAAAGCUGGACAAGUUUGAUAUUAAUGACUUUGUUUGUGGAACCAAUAAAACCAUCAAACUGAAAGUUCUUCAGAAGCUGCUGCCUGUGAUUAAAGAAUCCAGAUCAGUUUGGUUGAGGGAUUGUGACAUCACAGAUGAAGGUUGUGCUGCUCUGGCUUCAGCUCUGAGAUCAAACCCUUCACACCUGAGACACCUGGAUCUGUCUGAGAAUAACAUAGGAAAUUCUGUGAAUCUUCUCUUUGAUGUACUACAAAAUCCUCAGUGUAAACUGGAGAUACUGUGUCUAGGACUCUCAGUAUGUAGAUAUCGGUCCAGUUUCCUCAGGAUGAGCUGA